GUGGUCAAAGUAGUGUACCACGUGGUUCAUGUGUCACUUCUUAAAAAAGCCAAAAGGACUCUUUGGGACAACCUGUUCUGCAUGUUGUUAUUGAUAAUUAUGCUAUUUAUGGGAGCGAGAGUGUCAUCUUGGUCCAAAACACCACCUUAUAGGUUUUGUCGGUAUGAUAUACCUGUAGUAAGGAACAACUAACGUGUUCUGACAGUUGAAUACUAAAGCCUUCCAGUGUGUUUCCAGCGUAGCUAGCAUUAGCGAGAGCUAGUUGUUAGUUGUUGCUAUAACUGCAGUGAUGGAGUGGAUGGGCAACGGACGCCCUGUUUGUUCAGGGGAAGAGUCAUCUGCGCCGACUAGAGGAUUUAACCAUGUCCAGCCUCAUGAGCAGCAGUCCCCAUCAUCACAACUCUGUGAUAGUGCUAUGGCAUCUCUUUGUCAGAGCCAGCAGCGCUGUGUGAAGGCUUCAGUCAUGUUUGGAUGGAGACUUGCUGAGGCCCAGGAUCAGUUGUGUUCCCUGGAGGUUCACAGCUCUGAGUCUGUGCAGCAGGAAAGGGCUCGGACCAGGGCCUGUCCCACUGAGCUCUCGCACACGGAGCAGGAAUGGCAACGCAAGGAGAGCAUGUUGGCUGGUUCGGAGCCCAGCUGCAGCCCUGUCCUGAGAGUCUCUGCAAGCUGGGAUGUAUUUAACAAAAGUAUAAUUAAUGUUCAAUAUCCAAGUCGGCCUGUAGACCAGGGGCAGGAGACCUGCAAAACAUUUAUCCAACAAUAUGAAGAAGAGCUUAAACAUUUUGGCAUGUUGCAUAGAUGGGAUGAUAGCCAGCGUUUUCUUUCAGACAUGCCUCACCUUAUUUGUGAAGAAACUGCAAACUUUUUAAUUUUAUGGUGUAUUACUUUACAAAAAGAAGGGAAAGAAGCACUGAUGGCGCAGGUAGCUCACCAAGCUGUGGUCAUGCAGUUUAUUCUGGAGAUGGCAUCAAACUCUAAUCAGGAUCCUCGAGGCUGCUUUAGACCUUUUUUUCAUAAAGCCAAAGAAGGAAGUAAUGUCUACCAGGAAGUCUUCCAUUCAGAGUUGGAGGCCUUUAAACUUCGAAUUAAGGAUUAUGCAUUCAAGUGUAAAGAAAACUCAAUAAACAGUGCUGGGCAACAGAGAAGUGACCCUAAAGACUCUUUACUAUCGGUGGCGGAGUGCUCUAUGAAACAUGGACUAUGGACAAAUACAGUUAGGUUGACCAAGGAAGAUGAUGUAGAAUCUGAGGAUAUUCUCAUGAUGGAAACAUCUUAGUGCACCUCCUCCCUCAUCAAAUGCCCCAAGUUCACACAGACCAGGUAAACAUGGCAUGCUUGGCUAGGCUGUGGUUGACAACUGAGCAGAGCUUCCACUAGUUUACACUAAUCAAUAUUGCUGUUACUGUGUAUAUAAAGUUGGUCUCUGUAUCAACUACUGACUAGGUUUUUAGCUGCAGGCAAAUUAAGUGCCAUAUCUUUUCAUUCUAACUGUUGUUUUACUAUUUUUGACUCUUGUCAUCCUCAGACCUUACAAUUAUGUAUUAAUUAUAAUUACAUUAUAAUUAUAACUGAAUACUCGUGGGCUCACAAUUCCAACUUAUGACAUUAUUAGUUCUGAUUGCAUAAAAUGUAUGGAGAGUGUUCCUAUGGAAUUAAGUUGACACUGAAUACCUCAUUUUACAAGGAGUAAUCUAAAUGAAUAUACAACAAGCAAAAACAAAUGUUUUGAUCCAAGUGUUAUCGCUGUGUUUUGAGUUUAAUGGUAACACAUUCAGAGUGUGAUGUUAAAGCAGAAUCACAUUUGGGAAAAAUAAAUGCAGUCAAUGAUUUGGUGUUUUUCCAGAGCAUUCUGCAUUUAGACUUAUGUGAUGACAUAAUCUUUAUUUCUUAAUAUGAGCGGCUUAUAAACCAAAUGUAUCCUUCUAAUUCAUUUGUAGGAUUGUUUUCAUUGCAACCAAGGAUGGAACACUGUUUGUUUGUAGUGAUGUGUUUCAAACACUUUUCAUUAAAAAUUUAUUCUGCGUG